AUGGCGAACAGCGGACAAGCAGUUUGGCUGGCAACAGAAAACAGUUGCCGGGUCAGCCUCUUUCAUGCCACCUCCACCGAAUUCCUCUUAGAGCUGGACGUCAAGAACGUGGUUAUUCAGCGGCUCCAGUGUAAGUCCUUUGUACGGCAUCAUGGAUCCACUUUUCAUUUUUGCACAUUUAUGCACAGCUCUGUGCACUUUGGCUCAGCUGUUAUUGCUAAAAUGUCGGUAAUUGGUUUUUGA